AAGAAUGCGCCAAAAAGGGAAAAAAACAUGGUGUCUGCGCAAGCGCAAGAGAGAGAAAACAAAGAAUUCAGCAACAUGAAAACACAAUAAACAUGCUCACCGCUCACCCAUUUCUUCACUACUUCUUCUUCUUCUUCUUCAUCUUAGUCUGAGUCAAAAUAGAUAAACACUGCACAGUAAUAAUAACAGUACGGAAACUAAAACUAUCUCACACACAGAAUCGAUUAAAGUCCAUCGCUUUCCAGAUCAGGCAAUGUCGAAAGCGGGAAGCACAGCGGCACCGUUGAAGCCAGCGUGGGUUCUCCCACACCGAACCCCGAGGCUGACGGAACUGUACUCGCUUGGAAGAAAACUGGGUCAAGGUCAAUUCGGAACAACCUUCCACUGUACCGAAAAGUCCACGGGUCGCAUCUUCGCCUGCAAGUCCAUCCCAAAGCGCAAGCUCUUCUGCAAAGAAGACUACGACGACGUUUGGAGAGAGAUUCAGAUAAUGCACCAUCUUUCAGAACACCCCAACGUGGUUCGAAUCCAUGGCACAUUCGAGGACAGCCUUGCCGUUCAUCUCGUUAUGGAGCUCUGUGAAGGCGGCGAGCUCUUCGAUAGGAUCGUUCACAAGGGUCACUACAGUGAGAGACAAGCAGCAAAGCUUAUCAAGACCAUUGUUGAGGUUGUUGAAUCUUGCCACUCUCUUGGGGUCAUGCAUAGGGACCUCAAGCCUGAGAAUUUCUUGUUCGAUAGCGUUGACGAAGAUGCUAAGCUCAAAGCCACAGAUUUUGGAUUGUCUGUCUUCUAUAAGCCUGGUGAAUCGUUUUGUGAUGUUGUUGGGAGCCCAUACUAUGUUGCACCAGAGGUCUUGCGCAAGCAUUAUGGACCAGAAUCAGAUGUGUGGAGUGCAGGGGUUAUUUUGUACAUCUUAUUAAGUGGGGUGCCACCAUUUUGGGCUGAAACUGAACCUGGGAUCUUCCGACAGAUUUUACUAGGAAGAAUUGAUUUUCAGUCUGAACCCUGGCCUAGCAUUUCGGACAGCGCCAAGGAUCUAAUUCGGAAAAUGCUUGAUCAAAAUCCAAAAACCAGGCUCACAGCACAUGAAGUACUUCGCCACCCAUGGAUUGUUGAUGACAACAUUGCACCAGAUAAACCUCUUGACUCUGCAGUUUUGUCUAGACUGAAGCAAUUCUCUGCAAUGAAUAAGCUGAAAAAGAUGGCUUUGCGUGUUAUUGCCGAGCGGCUUUCUGAGGAAGAAAUCGGCGGCCUUAAAGAGUUAUUCAAGAUGAUUGACACAGACAGCAGUGGAACCAUAACAUUUGAUGAGUUAAAGGACGGCUUAAAGCGAGUAGGAUCCGAACUUAUGGAGUCUGAAAUCAAGGAUCUGAUGGAUGCAGCGGAUAUUGAUAAAAGUGGGACAAUUGAUUAUGGCGAAUUCAUUGCUGCAACUGUUCAUUUAAAUAAGCUGGAGAGAGAGGAAAACCUUUUGUCAGCGUUCUCGUAUUUUGACAAAGAUGGUAGUGGCUACAUAACCAUUGAUGAGAUUCAACAAGCUUGUAAGGACUUCGGUUUAGAUGACAUACAUAUUGAUGACAUGAUCAAAGAAAUAGAUCAAGACAAUGAUGGACAAAUAGAUUAUGGGGAAUUUGCUGCGAUGAUGAGAAAGGGGAAUGGAGGGAUAGGAAGGAGAACCAUGAGAAAAACACUCAAUUUUAGAGAUGCUUUUGGAUUAGUAAGCAAUGGAGCCAAUCAAGAUAUUGAUGGUCACCUUUAGUAUUUUAUUUGUUGACAGAAAAAAAAAAAGAAUAUAUAUAUAAAAAUUGACACAAGCAUAAUUUGGUGCCUUCUGACCAAUUCUUGCAUAUUUACUAUUAUAUUAGUAGACUCAUAUUUUAAAAGAAGUUUUUUUAAAAUGGCCCAUCCAAAGAACAGAAGAUACUUAGGUGUAUGCUUUGCGGACGUUAUAGUUGCUGCCUCAAAUCUCAAUCGUUUCAAUAGUA